AAAGAUCAUUGUGUAUACCUAUCUUGUUGCUGAUAUGAAGAUGCAGUGAUCGUCUUUCGCCCGAUGAGAAAACAAACUAUCAGUUUGUCGCAGUAUGAGCACGGAAGUUAUUAAUUUGGAUUCAAUCAAUAGACAACACAAUGAUUUGGAUACCAGUCAAUACGACCUAUCGGACACCCGAAGUGGGAAAGUUAAACGAAUCGUUCGGUUUGUUUGUACAAAAGUUUGUGCUGGAAUUAUCAUUCUGGGGAUCAUUUCCAUAGUUAUUAUUUGUGUUGCAUUUCUCGUUAGCUACGAAAAUGAUGCUGAAGUUACUCUCACCGUUGGCGUACUGAAAAAGGACUUAUCAUCAGAGCAAGACUUCUGGUUCGACAAGGCCUUGGACGACUUGGAGGAUGGCCUCAACACGCCAAUAAAUUCAAAGAAAGCGCAGAAUAUCAUCCUGUUUGUAGCAGACGGGUUUGACCCUGAUGCAAUCAGCUCGGCGCGUAUUCGCCACUAUGGGACCAAUGGGUCAUUUGCAUGGGAACGCUUUCCCCACGUGGGUGUUGUGCGGUGGAAUAAGCGAUUAGCAGUUGGCACAGGGAUGUUUGGCGGGGUCGGAGCCCAUAGUGGCACGUCGGGAUUAGACUCCAGCGUUUUUCCAGAUGACUGUCUUCGUAUGGACGACGAUCGCACACAUGUAGAAUCAAUUCUUUCAUGGGCUCAACAGUUGGAUUUGAAAACAGGACUCAUCACCAAUGGAGAUUUGCGUAGAGGCUCGUCAGUGGCUCUGUAUGCUCACAUUGCAAACAAUAGUUGGGCCUGUCCGUCAAUGCUUCCUGAUCGGACACAACUUCCCGGAUGUCUGGAUGCGGAAACACAGUUGCGAUUCAAUGAGCCUGGCAAAAAACUUAAUGUGAUAAUGGGCUGGGAUACGCUUGAGGAGAUGUGUGAUUCAGAACACACUUUGAAAAUGUCUUGGAAAGAUGAUGGCUAUUCAAUAGCCGAAGCAGUCUCAGACUUCUUGCCACAUGUUAUCGACGAUGACACUGAAUAUGUUCGAGCCUUACUUCCGGGAACACUACGUAGGGGCAUUCCACUGCAGACAAUGAUCACGAAAUCAUUGCAGAUUUUGACUGAGGAUUCUGAUGGGUUUAUUCUGGUAGUUAUGUGUGAACCUGUCAGCAAAAUAGAUGAAGGCGUCGACAUCAUUGAGCUAGAGGAAGCCGUCAAAACUGCUUUGAGUUCUUUGGGGAGCUCAAUGGAAGACACUUUGAUGAUUACCACGUUUACUCCAGUUUUCAGUAAUCAGCAAGAUAACACAAAAGAUGAAACAAAAGAUUCAAUAAUCUACGCAAUAGGACCGAUGGCGCAUCUUUUUCGUAACUUGCAUGAUCCAACCUACAUAGCUCAUGUUAUAUCAUAUGCAGCUCGUUUGGGAAGGUUUCGAGACAGUUUGCUGGCUAAUUCUUUACUUCAGUGGUUUUAGAAAUUAGGAAAAAUAUUAUAUACAAAGAAGUUUU